GCCUGCAUGGAUGUCUUCAGCUUUGUGAAGAUUGCAAAGCUCUCGAGCCACAGGACGAAGUCUUCAGGCUGGCCACCUCCCUCAGGAACCUGGGCCUUGAACCAGGUGCCGCCCUAUGGAUGGGAGAUGACGGCAAACCGAGACGGGCGAGACUGCUUCAUCAACCACAUGACACAGGCCAUCCCAUUUGAUGACCCGCGCUUGGAAAGCUGCCAAAUCAUCCCUCCGGCUCCCCGGAAGAUAGAGAUGAGGAGGGACCCUGUGCUGGGAUUUGGUUUCGUGGCAGGGAGUGAAAAGCCAGUGGUCGUUCGCUCAGUAACUCCAGGUGGCCCCUCAGAAGGAAAGCUGAUCCCGGGAGAUCAGAUUGUGAUGAUUAAUGAUGAGCCAGUCAGUGCUGCGCCGAGGGAGCGGGUCAUCGACCUGGUCAGAAGCUGCAAAGAAUCGAUACUCCUCACUGUCAUUCAGCCUUAUCCUUCUCCCAAAUCAGCAUUUAUUAGUGCUGCAAAGAAGGCAAGAUUGAAGUCCAACCCAGUCAAAGUGCGCUUCUCUGAGGAGGUCAUCAUCAAUGGCCAAGUGUCGGAAACCGUUAAGGACAAUUCACUUCUUUUUAUGCCAAAUGUUUUGAAAGUCUAUCUGGAAAAUGGGCAGACCAAAUCAUUCCGUUUUGACUGCAGCACCUCCAUAAAGGAUGUCAUCUUAACCCUUCAAGAGAAGCUCUCCAUCAAGGGCAUAGAACACUUCUCCCUCAUGCUGGAGCAGAGGACGGAAGGCGCCGGGACCAAGUUGCUUUUGCUUCAUGAGCAGGAGACCCUAACUCAGGUGACACAGAGGCCUAGCUCCCACAAGAUGAGGUGUCUUUUCCGAAUUAGCUUCGUCCCAAAGGACCCCAUUGACCUUUUAAGGAGAGACCCAGUCGCUUUCGAGUAUCUCUAUGUUCAGAGCUGCAACGAUGUCGUUCAGGAGCGAUUUGGGCCGGAGCUGAAAUAUGACAUUGCCCUGCGGCUGGCAGCAUUACAAAUGUAUAUUGCCACCGUUACCACCAAGCAGACGCAGAAAAUCUCCCUCAAAUACAUCGAAAAAGAAUGGGGAUUAGAGACUUUUCUUCCUUCUGCGGUGCUGCAAAGCAUGAAAGAGAAGAACAUAAAGAAAGCACUUUCACACCUUGUCAAAGCGAAUCAAAACUUGGUACCACCGGGUAAAAAGCUCUCUGCACUGCAAGCCAAGGUCCAUUACCUCAAGUUCCUCAGUGACCUUCGAUUGUACGGGGGUCGUGUGUUCAAGGCAACGUUAGUGCAGGCAGAAAAGCGCUCAGAAGUGACUCUCCUGGUUGGGCCUCGGUAUGGCAUAAGCCAUGUCAUCAACACCAAAACCAAUCUAGUGGCUCUUUUAGCUGACUUUAGCCACGUCAACAGAAUCGAAAUGUUUACCGAAGAGGAGAGCUUGGUGAGGGUGGAGCUCCAUGUACUAGAUGUAAAGCCCAUCACACUCCUGAUGGAAUCAUCAGAUGCCAUGAACCUGGCCUGCCUGACAGCUGGCUACUACCGGUUACUUGUGGAUUCCAGGAGGUCAAUAUUUAACAUGGCCAACAAGAAAAACAAUACAGGGACCCAGGAAACAGGAACUGAGAGUAAAGGCAAGCAUAACCUCCUUGGCCCAGAGUGGAGCUGUAUACCCCAAAUGACCACCUUUAUUGGUGAAGGGGAGCAAGAAGCCCAGAUAACAUACAUAGAUGCAAAGCAGAAGACAGUUGACAUUACAGAUGGCACCUUGUGCCCCAAAGACCACCGGCACUUGUACAUAGACAAUGCCUAUAAUUCUGAGGAACUGAAUCCACAGCUGGCCCAGCCAGGUGAUGCCCCCUGUGAGGCAGACUACAGAAGUCUAUCCCAGCGCUCUCUGUUGACCCUUUCCGGACCGGAAACUCUAAAGAAAGCACAGGAGUCUCCGAGAGGAGCAAAAGUGUCCUUUAUUUUUGGAGAUCUUGCCUUGGAUGAUGGCAUGAGCCCCCCGACUCUUGGCUAUGAAAGACUGUUGGAUGAGAGUCCAGAGAUGCUGGAGAAGCAGAGGAACCUCUACAUCAGCAGUGCCAAUGACAUGAAGACCCUGGACCUCACUCCCGAUGCAGAGGGCAUCCAGUUUGUGGCAAAUUCUGUUUAUGCAAAUAUAGGUGACGUGAAGAACUUUGAGGCCACUGAAGGGAUCGAAGAGCCACUCCUGCAUGACAUCUGCUAUGCAGAAAACACUGAUGAUGCAGAGGACGAGGAUGAAGUGAGCUGCGAGGAGGACCUCGUGGUGGGAGAGAUGGACCAGCCGCCCAUCCUCAACCUAGCUGGGUCCAGUGAUGACAUCAUUGACCUCACGUCCCUACCCCCUCCAGAGGGUGAUGACAAUGAAGAUGACUUCCUGUUACGUUCCUUGAACAUGGCUAUCGCUGCACCCCCACCUGGCUUUAGAGACAGCUCAGAUGAGGAGGACUCUCAGAGCCAAGCAACUUCCUUCCACGAGGACAAGGAGCAAGGUGGCAGCCUGCAAAACGAUGAGAUCCCCGUGUCCCUCAUCGACGCUGUGCCCACUAGCGCCGAAGGGAAGUGUGAGAAGGGGCUGGACAAUGCUGUCGUCUCCACACUGGAAACUCUAGAAGCUCUGUCCGUGUCAGAAGAACAACAGACCAGUGACAAUUCAGGUGUAGCCAUCUUACGGGCUUAUAGUCCUGAGUCUUCAUCAGACUCGGGCAAUGAAACUAACUCUUCUGAAAUGACGGAGAGUUCUGAACUGGCCACAGCACAGAAGCAGUCAGAAAACCUCUCCCGCAUGUUCUUGGCCACUCACGAAGGCUACCACCCACUUGCUGAAGAACAGACAGAGUUUCCCACCUCCAAACCCCCCACUGGGGGCUUGCCUCCAAAGUCCUCCCAUACCCUGGCGGCUCGAGCAGUGACCGACCUCCCGCCCAAAGUUGUGCCUUCCAAGCAGAUUCUUCACUCAGACCACAUGGAGAUGGAGCCUGAAACCAUGGAGACCAAGUCGGUCACAGACUAUUUUAGCAAACUGCACAUGGGACCGGUGGCAUAUUCUUGCACCAGCAAAAGGAAAAGCAAACUGGCCAACGGGGAGGGGAAAACACCCCCAAAUGGGAACUUGCCAGGGAAAAAACAGCAGGGGACCAAAACAGCUGAGGUGGAGGAGGACGCCAAAGGUACAUUUGGUACUGUGUCUUCAAGGGACAGUCACCACGUAAGCACUUUUAAUCUGGAAAGAACUGCCUUUCGCAAGGACAGCCAAAGAUGGUAUGUGGCCACUGAAGGUGGGGUGGCUGAAAAAACUGGGCUGGAAGCAACAACAGGAAAAACCUUCGCAAGAGCUUCUGGUCUUGGGCCAAGGGAGGCCGAAGGGAAGGAGGAAGGGGCUCCGGAUGGAGAAGGCAGUGAUGCUUCUGGACUUGGCCAAGGGGACCGCUUCUUAACUGAUAUGACCUGUGUAUCAUCAGCCAAAGACCUGAAUAGCCCAGAGGAUGUUGACUCAUCCACCCAUGACCAUCCUCCCAAGCUCCCAGAGGCCGAAGAGAGCGUGGCCCGGCUUUGUGAAUACCACUUGGCUAAGCGGAUGUCGUCCCUGCAGAGCGAGGGCCACUUUUCUUUACAGAGCUCUCAAGGCUCUUCGGUGGACGCGGGCUGUGGCACGGGCAGCAGCAGCAGCACCUGUGCCACACCAGUGGAGUCCCCACUCUGCGCCUCCAUCGGAAAGCAUCUGCUACCUGACGCUCCGGGGAAAGGCGUGAGCUAUAUCCCUUCAGAGGAGAGAGCCCCUGGGCUUCCCAACCACGGAGCCAACUUUAAGGAAGUGCACCCUCAGUCAGAGGGGAUGUGUCCGCGGAUGACAGUGCCUACGAUGCACACAGCCGUUAAUGCCGAACCCUUGUUUGGCACUUUGAGAGACGGUUGUCAUCGGCUCCCCAAGAUUAAGGAAACCACAGUGUAGCUUUGACAGAGCCUGGGAAGGAGAGACAAGGAGGCAUGCCUUCAGCUUGGUCUCAACAUCCUGAUGCUGAUCCCAUCCUGCUACCAUCAACCAUUCACUUGGAAUCAAAGGUGCCAAUUGAAAAUCAAGACCCUAAUGAUUUCUCCCAAGCAAGCCAGGCAUACGGAGGGGCUGUGAGCUGGAAGGCACUGGAUCUGAGAGAGGGGAGCCUCAGGACACCACCUAGCCAGAGGGUGCUGAGACGCAGCAGCAGU